AUGAAGUGGGCACUCUGCCUCCUCGUCGUGGGUGCGUCUCUUGCCUCACUGGCUUUGUGUGCAGAGUCCGAGCCUUCGCAGCUGGCCUCCCUGACGCUCAAUGCACCUACCAAGGAUAAUUAUUGCUUCGUCCUUCCUGUCACCAUGUUGAAGAUCGGAGACGCAGAGGCUCAAGACCAGUCCAAGGUCUUCUGCACAAAAGCAGUGGCAGUGGGCGACCAGGGCACACUUCCUGAGGCAAAGGAUUUCUGGAUCGACGGACCUUACAUAAAGCAAGGGCAAGGGAAGGCAAGUUACAUCCAGAUCACGGGUUGCUUCAACCCCGAAGCGACAGGUGUGCUCGUCUCCGAUGACGAUGGGGGCCAGUACGAUGCGCUGGGCGGAACAGACAAGCGUGGAGUGCCAAAGAAUAGCCACAUGGCCGGGUACAACGCCUACGUUCAAGUAGUCGAGCCAAAAAACAAGCGUAUCUGUCUGCGCGGAUGCAUGGACGAGGCAGACUGCGACCUGAGCCACGACACCAGCGGCGAGUCACUCUGGAUCACCCACCGCUACGCAAAGACCAUGGGAAUCGAGAUCCAGAACACGGCUCUGAAUCUGGUCUUGUCGGCCCUAGGUGGCUUUCUGGGCAUCUAUGCUACCUUGUCCUUCUUCAUCAAGGAACGCCUCUUCCUCGGAGAGGCGCCCUUGGCCGUCAUUGUCGGCAUCGCCCUCGAGCGCUCCGGCGCGCUCCCUGUAGAGCUGCAGGGCAAGCCCGGGUCGGAGGAGGAACCGUUGGACAAGCUCGGUCUGGGCAUCUCGAGAAUCGUCAUUGGAAUUCAGCUGGUGCUUGUGGGCAUUCAGCUUCCCUACAAGUACCCCUACAUAGAGUUUCGUUCCCUCUUUAUGCUCGUCGUGCCCGUCAUGGCCGUCAUGUGGCUUGUCACGACAGGCCUGACGAUGCUCUGCGUGCCCCAGCUCCCCAUCCUCGCCGCCCUCGUUCUCGCUUCCUGCGCGACGCCGACGGACCCUGUGCUGAGCAACGCCAUUGUCAAGGGCUCCUUUGCCGACCAGCACGUCUCCCCACGCCUACGCAACCUCAUCUCUGCCGAGUCGGGCGCCAACGACGGCCUCGCUCUGCCCUUUCUCCUCCUGGCCGUCAACCUGAUCAAGGCCAAGACAACAAAAGAAGCGCUCAUCAAGUGGUUUCUCGAGGGCCUCCUCUACGAGGUGGGCGUUGCCAUCGUCUUUGGCGCAGUCAUUGGCACAGCGGCCAAUCGAGUCCUGCGGUGGAGCGCGCGGAACAACCUCAUCGACCAGGAGUCCUUUCUCUGCUACGGUGUCGCCGUUGGCCUCUUUACCGUCGGUAUGGCGGGCUACUUUUCGCUAGACGACCUCCUUGCGGCCUUUGUUGCGGGAAAUGCUCUCACCUGGGACGACUGGUACCGCCGAGAGACAGAGGACGACGAGAUCCAAAACGUCCUCGACCUGCUUCUCAACACCAUCUUCUUCACUUUUGUGGGCGCCACGAUUCCCUGGGAGUCCUUUGCCGACUUGCCACACGGGCUCACACCGCUCCGGCUUCUUGCUCUCUGCGCCCUCGUCCUCGCCUUUCGUCGGCUGCCAGCGCUCCUCGUCUUUUACCGCUGGAUCCCCCGCAUCGCCCAUUCGACCAGCGAGACUGUCUUUAUGGGCUACUUUGGUCCCAUUGGAGCUGGUUCCAUCUUCUACAGCGCCCUCGUGCUGGACAAGUUUGACGAGGCGCAUGCACCACCGGACUCCCAGGCUGCAACGAUUCGGCUGCUGGUGAAGCCGCUCAUCUAUGCGCUGGUGCUCAGCUCCCUCGUCGGCCACACGCUCGCCAUUCCUGCCCUCAAGAUCCUGCUGGACUGGCGAGGCGUGGGCAACAUCAAGCUCAUGGGAGAGGAGGGCGACGUUCCCGACGACGUCAGCUUUGCAGCACCCAACGAUGAUGCGCGGUUCUUGCACUCUUCCCAAGACGGGGCCAUGGGAGAGUCGACCGCAUACAGCGAUGACGACGACGACGACGACGACGGCGGCGGCGAGGCAGAGUACGAGGCGGGCGAAGCAGGCGCGCCCGGCAGACCAGCUUCUGAGGCGGGCCAGCGCCGGCGACGGGAAGAGGACGAGAGCAGACGGCAGCAGCGACGUGCUUCCUCGCACGACGCUGGCGGUGGGGGUGGUGAAAUUAGGGAGAGAGUGCCCUUUGGUCGGCUUGCUUCAACCUCGUCGGUCCGAAGCAGUAGCAUUGGUGCCUUUGAGCAUGACGGUACGUGGAACUCGACGGCGUCUUGGCGACUCAGCAGCAGCCACCUUCCCAAGACGGGUCACAAGCUCGGGCCACAUGUGGCUCGUGAGCACCAGGAACAAGAGGAGGAACGACAGCAGCGCAGACGAGCGCGGGGCGACGAUGAGGAGAACGGCCCUGGUCGGACCUAG